UUCGCCGAGCUCUCACGCAGUGCAACGACGCGUACGUGUCGGAUCGCUGUCACCCGCGAGAGCGCGGAGUUCAAGUUCACCUCGUUUGAAGGAGGAGGAGGAAGGAAGAUUUCCAGUGGCAUUUCGAGCAUUCUCUUUAUUUUUUCGGGAGUGCCUCUCGUCUCUCGUUUUACGCGAGUGUCCCUCCUAAGGACCCGCACACGUACUGUACGAGUCUCGGAGUAAUUUUUUUUUUUUUCCUUUCGAGUGCACGGCGGAUAUCACACAGAGUGCCCACGCUGUGUGUCCCACGCCGACUGUAAAGUCGCCGAGAUUCGUGUUACGGGGACGACUGUUAUGUCGCUGUGACAGCGGCGCGCCGGAGGUUCGAUGAACGGGGCACCGCGUGCCGUUCCCGUUUCGACGAUCGCAUCGCGAUAGUUACGCGCCUGUGGAAACCACACAGGGGAAAACUGUAUUAUACGCUUUUGACUAUUCUGCGCCCGAAGGUCGACAGGAUCAACGACAAAGUGGAUCGCUGUUCCAUCGCGCGCUCCGGAUCGACGGAACCUUUCAAGAUUGAUGUACUAAGAAGACAAAUUAUGGUGGCAGAGUUUGUCUCCCGCCAGAGUGGAUCGCCCAUCAAUGGUGAGACCGCGUGUCUGAACAGCAACAUGCCGGCCACGCACACAAUGGCCCACAGUGGUGGGCACGGUGCGCCCCAUGGCGGGCCCCACGACGCCCACGGACCCCUCACGGUGCCCCUCACGCAUCCCGGCCAUCACGGCGGACCCCCACACGCCCCACAGCAUGAGCACCACGGGCAGCAGCAGCAGCAGCAACAUCUUCAUCAUGAUGCGGCGCAGGUAACGACGCAUCCCGAAAACUUCCCGUCCAAUUUCGACCUACGAAAGGAGCUAUUCUCACAGCGUAAGCAGCGCGAGUUCAUCCCCGACAACAAGAAGGAUGACAGCUACUGGGACCGUCGCAGACGCAACAACGAGGCAGCCAAGCGGUCACGUGAGAAGCGCCGUUUCAACGACAUGGUCCUGGAGCAGCGGGUGAUGGAGCUCAGCAAGGAGAACCACAUCCUCAAGGCGCAGCUGGAGGCGAUACACGACAAGUUCGGCAUGAACACUCGCACCCCCAGCCCGGUGCAUACAUCGGUGAUCCAUCAGCCGGUGAGUGGCGCCCGUUCGCCAAGAUCGCCGGCCCAGCUCUACGUGCCCGAGACGACCGCGUAUCCGGAGGCUGAGAGCUUCCAAUACCCGUACUCGCACCCGGCGAUGCACCACCUGGACACUACGAGCGCGCUGAACCUGUCGUCGCGCGGCCGCAGGGCGCAAUCACCGUUCGAGCUGUCGUCCGGUAGCGGCGACGAGGCCGGUCCCCAGAUGGUUGUGGGCUCCCAGAAUAAUCCGGCCGCCAACAACAGUCUGCCCCACAAACUCAGGCACAAGUCGCGCAUCGGCGACAAAGACGCCGCGAGCGCCCUGCUCGCGCUGCAGGGCAUCAAGCAGGAACCUGGACCGCGAGCGUCGCCACCCUGGGACGAGGGUUCCAGCGACGAGCGCGACUCUGGCAUCUCGUUGGGCGCUGAAUGGACCGGUCCGACUGUCACUACGGUCUCGGAGAGCGAUCGGGAGGUGAAGAUGAAGUUGGACCGCCUCGCGUCCGAGGUCGCGUCUCUACAAUCGAUAUUCCGUCUUGGUAAGCCCGUCGCAGCAGCGGCGGCGGCCGCGGCAGACGGCCUGGUGACGGGUCACUCUGCCGCCACGGUCAGCGGACCGUGAAGGACACGAUUCCCCUUCUUCUGCGGGUCACUGCGGGUCCUCCUCCCCUGGCCGGAUGCCGGGAUUCCUGGGAAUUGGACGUGGAUCCCAUCGUCUGGAGGACGCGUGGGAAGGACAAUGGAGCCUUGGACCGUCGAGUUUGAUCGCAUCGAGCGUAAAGGAUUCUAUAAAUUCGCGCGAUUAUUUAAAGAAAUGAAAGAAAUGAAGAGCGUGCGAAGCUAGCUUUCACGAUGCCGGUGCAACGAGAGCAGAUCCGUAGCGGUCGCUUUGAAAUAAGAUAGAAUACUCGCGAGUCACUCGUGAAUGAUUUGCGAUUACCGAUCUGAUCUGCUCGUUGCAUGAGGGUUAUCGAUAAUUGGAAGACGCAACAAGACGCUCCCGUCUCGUUGCGUCCACGGAAAACUUUAAUCCUUCAACCCGUCGAUUAUACCUCUGAGGGUUCCUCUUCGAUGAAACUUAUAACUUAUUGUGAUACGCGAGAGACCGUUUUAAACGCCGUUUUGAAAACGAGUCCUGCCUUUAGGUAGACUCGACGGCUACCGGUCGAAGGGUUAAAGGCGUUCUCCAUACGAAAGACGGUUUUAUUGUAACGAAUUUUUAUUAAAAAAUUUAUUAAAAAAUUUUUAUUAAAAAAU